AUGAAGCUGAAAUCGCUAGAUUACGCGGAAAUUAUCGAGAGUUUUACCAAUCGCUAUGAAAACAUUAUAAAGAAGAUGCGCUUCCAACAGCGCCAACAACAGGAACGGGAUCAACGCAAGGUGGAAAUGAUAUCCACCACGAAAGCCACGGCCGCCUCGGUAGCAGCGCUACAUCACACCGCCGGAAGUAACGGCAGUAGUAACACCGUCCGUACCUCGACCAUUAGCGCGUACUCGACUACAACGACCUCCUCCACAACCUCAACGGGCACCGCCGGUGCCGGGGGUGACCUCUCGGCGUCGCUCGGAGCGGGCAAGGUGCGACAAAUGUUUGACGAGCGCCGCCACCACCGGGUAGCCGGAAUCGACAAAAGUUACCCGCUGCAGCCAAUCCAACAGCAGCAACAGCAGCUGCAGCCAGCCGGGAAGCCCGCCGUCAACGGUAGUAACGUUUCCAACGGUAACCCGACUAAGGGGACGGCCGCAGGUCUGAAUAACAAAACACGUGUCCCGCCGAUUUCGGCCAACACGAAAGCGCGCCUCGCAAUGCAGCAACAACGACCACAGCAGCAAGAAAAUGGAAACCACGUGGAGACCUUGAAAGCCGCUUCCUUCGACGACAACGAGAACCUAUUGGAUGACGAGAAAUUUCCAGGUAAUUACACGUGUCAAACACGAUUACAGUGCCGUCCCUCCAACCUUUUCCUGUACAAAUAA